CAGCGUGUCUGCAUAUAAAAAAUAGAAAAAGCAGAAAAAGCACGCAAAGAGCUGGAAAAGAUCCUCCUCGGAUCUUUCUUAUCGUUUUGAACCACAACUUUAUUGUCGCAGAUCUCUGCGCGGCCUGGUAGGUCUCUUCGCGUGUACAUUUUGGACCGGUCUGGAUUGACUUGUAUCUUCGCGGUCUAGCUCGAGCCAGGAAUGUGGAUGCGGAUACUGAUAAAGAAGCUCCACACGCCAGCUUCGAGGGUAGCUUCGACGCGUUAUACCGAUGAUAUCUCCUAGUCGCUGUCGCAGGCGGAUUGGGCGGUUCUCACCUCGGUGCCGCAUGGGAUACGGACUGUCUCGGCUGUCUUCAUUCCCGACAUUUUUACGUGUUCAUCUCGGACAGCGGGCCAAGUGGCGAUCAGGUGCUGAGGAACUUUCCCGUCUGGUAGAUGUUUCGG